AUGUCCCUCCUCAACUUGACUCUCGCCUUCGUCUGGAUCACUGGGGUUGCAAGCGCCAGUAUCGACUUCACAAAUUGGGCGCCUCCAGGUCCCGGCGAUGUUCGAGGCCCAUGUCCAGCAAUGAACAGCAUGGCAAACCACCAUAUCAUCCCUCACGAUGGAAUGAAUCUUACCAUCCCCAUGCUGAGCGAAGCUCUGGCCGGAACAUUCAACCUCAGCAUCGAAAUGGGGACAGUCGUCUCAGGAAUUGCACUCGCCAUUGCGCCUGAUCCAUCGCUCGGCCACUUCGACUUGAACCAUCUCAAUAAGCACAAUGCAUUUGAGCACGACGCAUCGCUUUCGCGCGUGGACUACUACUUCAGCGGUGAUGAGGGUAUCGCGAAAUUUGACAACGAGACCUUCAACCGUUGGUUCUCUCAUUUCGAUGGCUUGCAAUACAUCGAUAUUGACAUUGCUGCCAAAGCUCGGUAUGCAAUGGUCAAAUACUCGCGUGAACACACGCCGGGGUUCACGUACUUGGAGCAGCACCGCAUCACUAGUUACGCUGAGACUAUCAAAUUUCUCAAGACGAUGGUUGAUUCUACCGGCAAGGCUAGAAGAGAUUUUGUGAAGAUCCUAUUCGGUAAGUAA